AUGUUGGUCUCGGCUAUGACUGGAAGUUCAGCAUCCAGCGGAGUGACACGCUUUAUAGAGGACCAUUUUCUUCCGUAUUCUUGUGACGUAGACGAGGGUACAUCAUGUGAGAUGGACCAUGCUGAUCCAAACCGUGUCUUGAUGAAGUUUCUUCAGCGACAGAUGGGUGUAGAUCCUAAUCUACGAGCACGUGCUUCAGAAACCAAUGCUACUGGAUUUGAAUGUGACUUCCAACCUGAUGCUCCUAUUGGUCCACCAGUUCCAUUUAUGUGUAACUGGGAGUUAGAGACCAACGAUGCUGCAAACUGGGAACCAGGGAGUAUUGUUUGGAACGCUUUAACACAAGAAGAAGGACCAUUUUUAGGUGCUUAUGCUAUAUCUCGUUUGAACAGCCAAACAGCGAUGGGUAAGACCAGCCUAUUGGCUCCUAUGAUGCAUAGCCGGACUGACGUCACAACAGUAGCGUUGUUGGAUGUGGACUAUUACAUACGUGGUGAACCAAAAGAUUGCAUUCUAAGUAUUAAACUGCUGAUGGAAAAUAAAGAGCGUAUUUCCUUGUGGUCGACUGAAGACAAUUUCCCUGAAACUGAGCAAUGGAUUAAUGUACGCUUCUUGGAGUUUCACCCACCACUGUCUUACCAGAUUGUGUUUGAAAGUACAAUGACCCCUGGUGCAGUAGACAGACCCUAUGUUGCACUGGAUAACAUUGUCCUACGCUCAGGAGCUCUUCCAUCAAUGUAUGAUUGCGAGGAAGCCGGUACAUCCCUCACAGAUGACUGUGGACUCAUUGAAGUGAGUGAUGAUAACUUCUGGUCGAGGGGGGUUGGUGCCACGCCCACAUCUGGGACAGGUCCGUCGGUAGAUCACACACUAGGCACGGCAGACGGUGGUUACUUAUACAUAAAGUCAAGUGAGAUGUCUGCUACAUCGAUAGCAUCAUUACAGAGUGUUGAAUAUUACAAAUGGAGUGAUCAAACACCAUGUACCCUCAGGUUGUACUACCAUGCACUAGGGGCUAAUCUUGGAUCUCUCACUGUAAGAAUAAACUCAACCCAGUCGGUUGACUUGAUGGAGUCUAUCACAUUAACAAACGCAGAUGACUGGAUUUCAUAUGACGUGGAUUUAUCUACUGUAUCGGGAAGAUAUCGAAUUAUAUUUGAAGCAACAGCGACAGGACCUGAGGGCGAUAUAGCCUUAGAUGAUAUUGAGUUUCAGCACAGUCAAUGCAUGGGAGUGGACUUUUGCCGAAGUUUUCCUUGUCUGAAUGGUGGGUCGUGUACCCAGACGUCACAAGACGACUUCCAAUGCGGGUGUGCUAAAGGAUACGACGGACUCGACUGUAGCACCAAUAUCGACGAGUGCAACCUCGACCCCUCACUCUGCAGUUACGAUCCAUUGAGACUUUGCCAAGAUAAGUCCCCUGGAUAUGAGUGUGUGUGCAAGCCAGGGUACAUGGAAUUUAAAGGAAGAUGCAUCGAAGGUUGUUCAAACCAUCCUUGUACUCGUGAUAAUGAGACAUGUCUACAGAAUGACAAUGGAUUUACUUGUAUAUGUAAUUAUGGUUACAUCGACUCCAUUGAUGGACAGUGUAUUAGAGACAAGUCUGAUGUGGAGUCAGGUAUAACACCCUACACAGAGAAAGUCCUAGUUGGAACCUACGUGGGAGGAUUUCUUCUCGGCCUAUCGGUAGCUCUACUGGUCAUUAUAUGUCAUUUCUCAUUUUGUGAUGAACGUGUAGAUGGUGAUGAUAGAGAUGAUUUUGUGGGAGAGACAGACAAACAUGACUCUGAAACUCCGGAAAAGAAAAGCUCAAAAUCUGACAUGAAUGGAGGAUUUGAAAUGGAGGUCCUUGACUCGAACUCAGAUGAAAAUAUUAAUCAUUAACAUUAAAAUCUAAUGAGUUAUA